GGGAUCUGUCACCUGACUGGGCUCAAACAUGGCUGCCCUGGAAGCGAAAAUGCUUUUGACUCCCGGAGCAGGAGGUACUCCUCGCAUGAGAAAAUUAAAAAUGUAUUCCGCAUAAGGCCUCUCUUUCUACCUCCCUGCACUCUGUGCUGGGAAAAUGAGUUACCCAUUUGGAAAAGAGGAAACCGCUACCGAGGAGCAGCUUUUUGAAUUUUUCUGUGAGUGCCUGCGGAGGGGCGACUGGGAGUUGGCACAGGCAUGUGUACCUCAGCUACACAAGGGACAAGGGGAUAUCCCCAGAAAGGUGGAAGACAUACUACAGGCGCUGGUGCAGUGUCCCGUUCUGCUAAGAUGCAGGCCAGAUAUCAACCCUCAAAGAUUAGCCUGGCUCUGGCUUCUCGUACUGGAAAAAUGGUUGAACCAAGAAAAAAAAUUACUUUCUGCCGUUUUUCGGAGGAAACUUGAGUUUCUUUUUUUGUCAGAAGACCUCCAAGGUGACAUUCCAGAGAACAUCCUCAAGGAGCUGUUUGAAACCUUAGCCCGAAGCCCAGCAGGCAAUAUACCUGACAGACGCCAGAGGUGGGAGAGCGGGGCCCCUCAGCUCAGCCCUGAAGCUGUCUCCGUGCUCUGGAAUCUUCUGAAGCAAGCCCCUCAGCCAGCCCAGGCCCUGUUGGAGCUCCUGCUUGAGGAUCACCACAGCGCCAGCCUCUGUCCCAGUCCUCUGCAGAAGACCCUGCUGGGCCUCAUUCGAAAGGGACUGCAGACCCUCCGGGACCCUGCCCCUCAGCCGCCUGGGGUGGCCGACGCUGUCUAUGGAGCUCUGCAGGCUCUGUGUUGCACUCUUGAGCCACCGGAGAGUGAAUGGCGUGUCCUAUGUGAGGAACUGUUGGAGACCUGCAGGACUGAGGGCAGUCCCCUGCAGGAGGAACGUCUGCUUGGUUGCCUGUUGCACAAGGCCGGACGGAGCCUACUGUCCCUCUACGGCCAAACCUAUGCAGAGAAGGUGGCGGAAAGGCCACCAAAGGCCACACUUCUAGGAAAAGUGUCCCCAGAUCAUCCGGAUCCUGAGCGGGCAAUGCUAGCCCUGUUCUCCACUCCCGACCCAGCCGACGCUUGGAAAAUGGCCUUUUUCUACUGCCUGAGCAACAACAAACACUUCCUGGAGCAGAUCCUGGUAACAGCGCUAACCCUGUUGAAAGAGGAAGACUUCCCAAGCCUUGGACGCCUGCUUGAUAGAGAAUUCAGGCCUCUCAGUCACCUGCUCGUACUCCUGGGCUGGACACACUGCCAGAGCCUUGAAUCAGCUAAACAAUUACUCCAAACCCUCUACAGGACCCAGGACCAAGGCCAUGACGAGCUUCUCAGGGAUGCCUGUGAAGGACUGUGGGCUCAUUUAGAGGUCCUGGAGUGGUGUGUACAGCAAAGCAGCAGCCUCAUACCAAAGAGAGAGCUCUUGUGUCACUUACAUGGCGGGGACAGCCACUCAGUGCUCUACACUCUCCAUCACCUUACAAACCUUCCAGCCCUCGGAGAGGAAGAAGUCCUCAAGCUCUUACAGAAGGUGCCAGCUAAGGACCUCCAGCGAGAGCAUGGUACCCAGGAUGCCUCAGUCCCUGAGCACCUGAGCCAAUGUCAGAGCCUGACCCUCUACCAGGGCUUCUGCGCCAUGAAGUAUGCCGUCUACGCCCUCUGUGUGAACUCACAUCAGCACUCUCAGUGCCGGAACUGCAGAGACGGCGCCUCUGAGGAGCUGGCCGUGGUGGAGUCAGGCAAUGAUUGCCUCCCCUCCGCAGGUGCUUCCCAUCUCUUCCCAACAUACCUGGCCAGGUGCCGACAGUAUUUACGCAGUAUCCCCGACUCUCUGUGCCUGGAAAUUCUCGAAAACAUCUUCUCUUUGCUCCUCAUUACCUCCGCCGACCUUCACCCAGAGCCUCACCUGCCAGAGGACUAUGCCGAGGAGGAGGACAUCGAGGGGAAAGGCUCCUUGGGUUUGAGGUCUCCGUCAGAGAGUCCUCAGCACAUAGCCCUUCCUGAGAGGAGGUCAGAGCGGGGUUCCCUGGGGGGACCCAGGAGCCUUGCUCACACAAUGCCAAGCUGUCCAAAGGCAGAGCCAAAAGACAGUUCGCCAGGGCCUCCUAAGCACAGCUUUUUGGACCUAAAGCACUUUACUAGUGGCCUGAGUGGAUUCCUGGCUGACGAGUUUGCAAUGGGAGCGUUCCUCAGCCUUAUUCAGGAGCAGCUCGAUGAGAUCAGCAGCCACAGCGCUCCCGAGGACACAAAGCUGCUAGAAGGCCAGAGCUGUUCCGCGGGCAGAGAUGGACUGCAGAGCCGCCUGCACCGGUUCUCGAAGGUUCUCUCGGAGGCCCAGUGGCGGUACAAGGUGGUAACAAGCAACCAGGGCUCAGAAGAGCAGCCUUCCCGAAGAUACCGGCCCAUUGCCACAAGGCACUCUAGUCUCCGCCGAGGUCGUCGGACUAGAAGGACCCGGGCAGAUGGCCGGGAAAGAGGCUCCAACCCACCAUCCCUGGAGAAUACAAGCAGUGAGCUGAGUACAAGCACUUCAGAAGGGAGUCUGAGUGCUGUGUCUGGGCAGGUGGAGCUGGAGAGCCGGUUGCAGCCCCAGCCUCAGAGUUCAAUCAUCCCCAUGAUGUUCUCCCCACCGGAGUCACUGCUGGCAUCCUGUAUCCUCAGGGGGAACUUGGCAGAAGCCCAUCAGGUGGUAUUCAUGUUCAACCUCAAGUCCUCCCCGAGUGCCGGGGAGCUGAUGUUUGUAGAGCGUUACCAAGAGGUGAUCCAGGAGCUGGCCCGGGUCGAGCAUAAGAUUGAAAACCAGAGUUCCGAUGUGGGUAACAACACCGUUCGGCGCACUGGCAGUGGGCGCUCCACUCUGCAAGCCAUUGGCAGCGCCGCAGCGGCAGGAAUGGUGUUUUACUCCAUCUCUGAUGUGACAGACAAGCUCCUCAGCCCCUCCGAAGACCCCAUCCCCACACUCCAGGAAGAUUUUUGGAUAAACGCUACUCUGACGGAGCCCACCACUCCUCUUAGAGAAGUUCUGGAAGACCUCAGUCCCCCUGCCAUGGCUGCCUUUGACCUGGCUUGCUGCCAGUGCCAGCUCUGGAAGACCUGCAAACAGCUCUUAGAAACAGCCGAGCGGCGACUGAGCAGCAGCCUGGAGAGCCGGGGUCGACGCCUAGACCAGGUUGUCCUCCAUCCCGAUGGUAUUCGAGGCUUUCCUGUUGUCCUUCAGCAAAUUAAUAAGAUUCUCAAUUAUCCACUUACCUUAACGGGACAAGCGAAAACUGACACUCUAGAAGAAAGGGGAGGAGGCGCCCCACGGUGCAGCAUCUCCGAGCUGCUUCAGACAUGCUGGCCCAGCCUCACCGAGGACUGUGUGGCCAGCCAGACCAGCCUUUCCCAGCAACUGGAUCAGGCUCUCCAGUCACUGCGAGAGGCACUAGCACUACCAGAGCCCAAGAGUACUCCACUCACUUCCCUAGUGGAGCAGGCGGCCCAGAAGGCCCCCGAGGCAGAGGCCCACCCUGUGCACAUCCAAAGUCAGCUCCUCCAGAAGACCCUGGGGAAGCAGGUGCUGGCAGGCAGCGGGCAGGCUGACUAUGUGGGAACCUUCUUCAGCUACUGCAGCACCCUGGCUGCGGUCCUUCUUCGGAGUUUGAGCUCCGACCCUGAUAACGUGGAGGUCAAGGUUGGAAAUCCCUUUGUUCUCCUGCAACAGAGCUCUUCCCAACUGGUGUCCCAUCUUCUGCUUGAGAGACAAGUUCCUCCAGACAGGUUGGCAGCCCUUCUUGCCCAAGAAGGUCUCAGCCUAAGUGUGCCCCAGGUCAUUGUCAGCUGCUGCUGUGAGCCCCUUACUCUCUGCCCUUCUCGACAAAGCCAGCAGGCCUCAUCCCUCCUGACCCAGCUGGGCAUGCUGGCUCAGGAGCACGCCUCUCACCUUCUGGAUGGCCUGCCCCUCUCUGUGCUGGACUCCCCUAGACCAAGCAAGAACCCCUCAUCAGAGAGAAAGUCUUGUUCCUCCCCAAAGGACUCCUCCCUCCCAGCCUUCACCUCCUCUGCCUUGGCCUUCCUUAAGUCUCGCUCAAAGAUACUGGCCACAGUGGCCUGCCUGCGGGCCUCCCGAGGGACAAAGGUCAGCAAGCCUAGCCUGUCUUGGAAGGAAUUGCGUGGCCGCAGGGAGGCACCUCUGACUGCAGAGAAGGUAGUCCAGGAAUGUGAGCACCUUCUGGAACAGUUUCCUGUGUUUGAGGCUGCCCUCCUGGCUGCCUGGGGGCCUCUACGCCAAGCCUCCGAGCCGGGACAGGGUCUAGCAGCCAGUCUCUGUGGACAGGCCAGUCUCUCCACUGUACUUCUGGGCCUGCAUUCUCCUGUGGCCCUGGAUGUACUAACUGAGGCCUUUGAGGCAGCUUUGGUGGCCAGAGAUUGGCCACGGGCCCUUCAGCUUAUUGAAGUGUAUGGGCGAGACCUGGACGACCUGAGCAGUGUGAGGGAUGCGGUGCUGAGCUGUGCUACAGCAUGUGACGAAGAAGGUUGGCAAUACCUGUUUCCUGUGAAGGAUGCGUCUCUGAGAAGUCAGCUGGCCCUACGGUGUGUGGACAGGUGGCCCCUGGAGUCAUGCCUGGAGAUCCUGGCCUACUGUGUUUCAGACAUGGCUGUCGAAGGAGAACUAAAAUCUGAGCUGCAGAGGAAGCUGACGGAGCUGCGGGUCUAUCAGAAGGUUCUAGGUUUGCAGGAUCCCCCAGUAUGGUGUGACUGGCAGACCCUGAGGAGCUGCUGUACCGAAGACCCAUUGUCUGUCAUGAACAUGAUUCUGGAAGCACAGGAGUAUGAACUAUGUGAGGAGUGGGGCCGUCUGUACUCCAUUCCAAGGGAACAUUUGAUCAGUCUGCACCACAAACAUCUUCUCCACCUGCUAGAAAGAAGAGAUCAUGAAAAAGCUCUUCAACUCCUGCAACGCAUCCCUGAUCGCACCAUGUGCCUUGAGGUCACAGAGAGGUCCCUUGACCAGCACCCUAGCUUAACCACUUCACACUUUUUGGCCAACUACCUCACCUCCCACUUCUACGGAGAGCUGACCACCAACCGACACCAUGAAAUCCAGGCGCUGUACAUGGGAUCUAAGGUUCUCCUGACUCUGCCUGAGCAGCACCGGGCCAGCUGUGCCCACUUGUCCUCCAGCCCCCUGCUCAUGCUGGAGCAGCUGCUGAUGAACAUGAAGGUGGACUGGGCCACCGUGGCCGUGCAGACUCUGCACCAGCUGCUGGCCGGACAGGAGAUGAGCUUCACCCUGGACGAGGUUGACUCCUUGCUCUCCAGAUAUGCAGGGAAAGCCCUGGACCUCCCGUACCCUCUGAGGGAAAAGCGAUCAGAUUCUGUGAUUCACCUCCAGGAACUUGUCCACCAAACCUCAGAUUCUGAGACCCUGUCUAGAUCAUCAUCAGCUGAGUUCUCUGCUGCUGCUGCUGCUCCUGGAAGUGCCUUAGUCCGUUCCCCCAGUCCCAAGGAGAGGACUUCCCCUCAGACUCAGCCGCUGCUGGAGUUUGUGCCCCCAGAAGCACCCCCUGCCAGGGAUCAGUGGGUCCCAGAUGAGACUGAGAGCACCUGUAUGGUCUGCUGCAGAGAGCACUUCACGAUGUUUAACAGGCGUCAUCACUGUCGCCGCUGUGGGCGUCUAGUGUGUGGUUCCUGCUCCACUAAGAAAAUGGUGGUGGACGGCUGCAGAGAAAACCCUGCACGCGUGUGUGACCAGUGCUACGGUUACUACAACAAAGAUGCACCAGAGGAGAGCCCGUGCCAGUCAGAAGUUUCAGACAGCUCUAAGAAUGAAAGCCCUCCAUAUUCAGCUGUGGUGAGAGUCCCCAAAGCAGCUGAGGUGGAAUGGAUCUUGAGUCUAAAUGAGGAAGAAAAUGAGCUGGUUCGGAGUGAAUUUUACUAUGAGCAGGCCCCCAGCGCCUCCCUGUGCAUCGCCAUCCUGAACCUGCACCGAGACAGCAUUGCCUGCGGUCACCAGCUGAUCGAGCACUGCUGCCAGCUGUCCAAGGGCCUCACCAACCCAGAGCUGGAUGCAGGGCUGCUCAUAGACAUCAUGAAGCAGCUGCUCUUCAGCGCCAAGAUGAUGUUUGUCAAGGCUGGCCAAAGCCAGGACUUGGCGCUUUGUGACAGUUACAUCAGCAAAGUAGACGUCCUGCAUAUCUUAGUCACUGCUGCCUAUCGUCAUGUGCCAUCUCUAGACCAGAUCUUGCAGCCAGCUGCAGUAACCAGACUGAGGAACCAGCUCCUGGAAGCUGAGUACUACCAACUGGGUGUUGAGGUCUCUACCAAGACCGGGCUUGAUUCCACAGGGGCGUGGCAUGCCUGGGGCAUGGCCUGCCUCAAAGCUGGGAACCUCACUGCUGCACGGGAGAAGUUCAGUCGCUGCCUGAAGCCUCCCCUUGACCUCAAUCAGUUGAGUCAUGGCUCAAGGCUUGUCCAGGACGUGGUUGAGUACCUGGAGUCCACAGUGAGACCCCUCGUGUCCUUGCAGGAUGACGAUUACUUCGCCACCCUGAGGGAACUGGAAGCCACCCUGCGAACCCAGAGCCUCUCCCUCGAGGUGAUUCCUGAGGGAAAGAUCAUGAGCAACACCUACUACCAGGAGUGCCUCUUCUACCUGCACGACUACGGCACCAACCUGGCCAUCGUCAGCUUCUACGUGAGACACAACUGCCUUCGGGAAGCCCUGCUGUUCCUGCUCAACAAGGAAAGCCCUCCAGAAGUCUUCAUCGAAGGCAUCUUCCAGCCGAGCUAUAAAAGUGGGAAGUUACACACUUUGGAAAACCUACUGGAAUCCAUUGAUCCAACCUUGGAGAGCUGGGGAACAUACCUGAUGGCCGCCUGCCAGCAUCUGCAGAAGAAGAACUACUACCACAUUCUGUAUGAGCUGCAGCAGUUUAUGAAGGACCAAGUCCGGGCUGCCAUGACCUGUAUUCGGUUCUUUAGUCACAAAGCAAAGUCCUACACAGAGCUGGGAGAGAAGCUCUCGUGGUUGCUUAAGGCCAAGGACCACCUGAAGAUCUACCUCCAAGAAACAUCCCGCAGCUCUGGAAGGAAGAAAACCACCUUCUUCCGGAAGAAGAUGACUGCUGCUGAUGUGUCCAGGCAUAUGAAUACACUUCAGCUACAGAUGGAAGUGACCAGAUUCUUACAUCGGUGUGAAAGUGCUGGGACUUCUCAGAUCACCACUUUGCCUCUGCCAACACUCUUUGGAAAUAACCACAUGAAAAUGGAAGUGGCCUGCAAGGUUAUGCUGGGAGGGAAAAAUGUGGAAGAGGGAUUUGGAAUUGCGUUCCGUGUUCUGCAGGACUUCCAGCUGGAUGCUGCUGCGACCUACUGCAGAGCCGCCAGGCAGCUGGUGGAGAGGGAGAAAUACGGCGAGAUCCGACAGCUGCUCAAGUGUGUCAGUGAGUCGGGCAUGGCAGCCAAGAGCGACGGCGACACCAUCCUCCUCAACUGCCUGGAAGCCUUCAAGAGAAUCCCGCCGCAGGAGCUGGAGGGACUGAUCCAGGCCAUACACAGCGAUGACAACAAGGUCCGAGCCUACCUGACAUGUUGCAAACUGCGGUCUGCCUACCUGAUCGCCGUGAAGCAAGAACACUCACAGGCCGCCGCCCUCGUCCAGCAGGUGCAGCAGGCUGCCAAAAGCAGUGGGGAUUCUGUAGUGCAGGACAUCUGUGCUCAGUGGCUUCUGACAAGCCACUCCCGUGGUGCCCAUGGCCCAGGCUCCAGGAAGUGACCCUGGGCAGCAGAACCCAGAGACCGCAGCCUGGGAGCUGUGGCCACAGGCACAAUGCCACACAAUGCCCUCCAUCUCUGUCUUCCUGUGGAGUGGAACUUCUGGCCCUGCCCUAGGUUGGAGUGAGCAGGAUGGACCCUACUUGCCUGUGUGGGCAAAAGCAGGUCCUUUCACACAAGUGCCCUGUAAAGUUGGAGAAUCUGUGUUUGUCUGGAGAUAGCCAUCUUUCUACCUCAGAGUGACUGUGUGUGUGCAUGUGUGCACUCAUGUUUACACCCAAGCAUUUUCUGAACAAAUGAGACUCCUCUGUUGAAGAGAGGCACUUUACUUUCUACUUUCCGCUGGUCUGAAAACCUUCCCUGCAUUUUUGGUUCUUAACCCAGGUCACCCUGUUUGUCCACAGUCCCUCCCUACUGUGCAGACACACUUUAGCAGCCCCUCUUUUUUUUUUUUUUUUUUUUUGGUUUUUCGAGACAGGGUUUCUCUGUGUAGCUUUGCGCCUUUCCUGGAACUCGCUUUGGAGACCAGGCUGGCCUCGAAUUCACAGAGAUCCGCCUGGCUCUGCCUCCCGAGUGCUGGGAUUAAAGGCGUGCACCACCACCGCCCGGCCUAGCAGCCCCUCUUAGUCGGAGGGCUUAACAGAGAAUUACAAAGCAAUGCCAAAAAGAUUGCCUCUUCUCCCUUUCCACAAUUCCGAGAAAGCAUUAGGAGUAUGCCGUGGAAUGUGACAGCUUUCCCGGCAGCACCUCUUACAAGCACAAGGUUUUCAGGUGCAGGCAUCUGAAAGCUCUGGUGACAGCAUCAAUGGUAAGAUCUGGGGAUGCGGAGGCCAGGCCCCAUCCCAUUCAUCCAGAGGGGAGGAAAAGGCAGAGCUGGCUCUUAUCAGUAUCCCUGCUGCAGGGUGGAUGGGUAAGAACACAUGACUUUUUUUUUUCAGAGUCUAGGGAAAGAGAUGGUAGCCAGGAUCCUGGGGAUGAAUGAAUGGACGGACUCCGCCUAUUUGAGUUCCAUUCCUGUUUGUUCUUCUUGAAUUAGUUAAGAAACCAUUUCUCUAUCCCUUAUGCUUCCCUCCAGUCUCCUCAGGAUCAUGGGCUGGAAUAUGCAAAGACCUGGCUCAUUGAGGCAGCAGUACACUAAGGGAAUGGGGUUCACAUCACAGUUAAGUCUAUAGAUGAGUCAGAACAAGGGGGUAAGAAAUAAGUCUCACCCAAUGGUGGGGGACUAGAUGAGGGUUUAAUAAGCAUCUGCUUAUCUUCCCACCUAAGAUAAGUCAGUGCUCGAGAGGAGGGGUCUGUCAUUCAGUGACUGAUUUGCAAAUGAGAGCCCCACGUCUCCCACCAGGCAGACCUCAGCCUGUUGGUCUCCCCUUUACUGCCAAGGCAACAGGAACUGGAAACUGAAGUCAAUGUCUCUGGUGCUUUGAAGCCCUGUUCAUUUCUUCUGAACCAAGUUUUUCUUAAUAAACAACUGUUCAUGGACAUCUGUCGGAGUCCAAGCUUUGGUCCUAUUGGAGAAGAAAGGCUGAAGUAAAAUACUAGAUCUCUUAAGGGUGCAGUCUAGCAGUGGCUUUCCCUAACUUGAGUCAUAGAACACACCACCCAGCUCCUAAGAACCCCCAUUGCCUGGUGUCCGCUUACUCAAGGCUGACCUUUUUGCACUGAGAAUAAGCACUUUACACAGCUGGGUUGUAAGUCACAGCCCUUGAUUUAGGGUGUCACAACCAGAUUUCCCUGACUUUCCUAACUUGAACUGUAAAAUAGGUAACCAGGUUAACAGAAGACUGCAGACCUAAGACAUCACACUGUGGUCUCCAGCAAAGCAACAGUAACAUCAGAACAAUUGUACAUGUCGAGGAGUUGUGUGUUCCACUACAACCAAGCCACAAUAAACUGUCUGUCCUACCUA